CUCAUGCCCUCAUGGAGUGGAUGGUCAUGGAAUAGACAUUCUUCUAAGCUGUAAUCACACCCAUUUCCCAUGAUUUCCUAUCUUCGUUCUGAACCUAUUCAGCUCUCGCUUGGGGAUUAUGAAGAAAGUAAAACAGUUGUUAGUGAUUACCAUUUGAAGCAAAACAGGAUGUGAGGAAGCAAAUGAGGACUACAGUUUGGGGGUUUUAAUCCUUUUUCCUUGUCUGGAAAAUUCACCAUAUCUCUCAUAAACAGAAAAACAAUGCCAAUCCCUUAGCUGUAACCUCUUUAAUAUAAUGUGAUCACAAAUCCCCUCUUGAGUUCAAGUUCCUUUUCUCCCAUUCCCUUGCCAUUGUCUCUGUGUUUGGAAUGGCCAGCAGAAAAGUACGAAUGUCCAAGUGGAAAGAAGGGCAGAGGCGGAGCCCGCGAAUAUCUGCAUCGCAUCCUUGCGAGGCCCAGCGAUCGAGGCGAGUGGGUCGCACUGCUUUGGCUCCACCUCCACAGGCAAUGGGUUUACAAGUGCAACACUCUCGCCCUCAGGAUCAAGGACCAGCCUCCCGGACUAGGGCCAGGAAAAAGAGAAAACUCAGACCAGUCGACGAUGUGGCUGCUACUUCCCUUUCACCCUUUGCUCAGCAGCCAAAUGACAUGCAGGGCAGCGACCUACAAAGCCAUGAUGAAGAUCAUCGAAUUAGUUGCGAUCCACCAACUGCCCAGGGUGGCAAUAGCCCAAAAUUUGAUGAUAAAGCGGUCUCCCCUGAUCAACUAUCAAGUGUGCCAUCUACCAGAUGGAUGCCAGAGAAACGCAUACUAGAGCUUGUUCUCGACAUAUUACAGAGGAGAGACACCUAUGAAAUAUUCGCUGAACCUGUUGACCGUGAAGAGGUUGAGGAUUAUUAUGAUAUCAUUAAAGAGCCUAUGGAUUUUGGCACAAUGAGAGCUAAACUUCAUGAAGGGAUGUAUACGAGUCUUCAACAAUUUGAGCAUGAUGUAUAUUUAAUAUCCAAAAAUGCAAUGCAUUUUAAUUCCUCGGCAACUAUAUACUUCAGACAGGUACCAGUAUCAUCUAAGAGUCCUCUUCCACAAUAUCUAAGAUUAUUCUUACCACCUAAUGAAGGCAAAAUUCUGGUUUUACAGGCUCGAGCCAUUGAUGAACUAGCAAAAAAGGUCUUUCAUUCUCUUAAAACUGACCCAGAGAAUUUUGAGUUGGAAUUUUCAGAGACAAGACGAAGAACUAGUAGAAGGCUCAUGAGUGAAGCUAGGGCUCCAUCAUAUAGCUCAAGUUCUAAGCUUGCAACAAAUUUAAGACGCAAUAGCAAGACCAAUGUAUCAUCAAAACCUAUGCCAUCUUUUCUUCCUAAUUCUUCAAACCUCAGGAAAGGUGUUAGAGGAAUUUGUGGACUCGCUGGUGCUACUACUGAUUGUAAUGCAAGAGAUCCUGUAGUGCACUCUGGUGCUUUAAAUGGCAGGGGAAAUAAUUUUGCUGAAGUAGAUAGACGUUGUACGUAUAGACCCUGGACGUCUCUCCACACUGACAAUGAUUCAAUUGUUUCCACAAUUUAUAGUGAUUCAAAACCACUAAUUCCUGUGAAUCAGCAGGAUAUUGGUUACAGAGAUAGUUUAAUGUUCUUUGUUAAAGAUUUAGGACCAACAGCCCAAAUGAUUGCCAAGCAGAAGUUGAUUGGAUGCUCGGUUGAUGCUUCUAAUUGUUGGACUCCAGGUUCAAAACAUUGGUUUCAGGAACCUGAAUGUCAAAAGCCUAAUGCAUUUCAUUCCACCCAGAGGGGACUUCCUAUUCUGGAUUCUGCAUUUACUGCAGCAUCUGAAAAUUUAUUUGACCAUCUUCAAAGGGGUCCAAACAUCUUAGGAAAUGCCAAUUAUAAAGUGGAUUCAUCUUAUGCUGGUGCAGGAGAGAAGGCUUAUGCCUCGAACAAAAUGCUUAUCCCUAGUGCUUCAGUGGUAGUGGUGUCAAGCAGUGAUGAAAUGAAAAGUCCAGUUGCCUUCAAAGGGGAUGGUCACUUCAGUAAUGCAAUGGAUAUUUUUGGCCUUUUUGGUUGUGACAAGUUACAUCAGGAUCAGUGCUCUGAGAUUCAGUUGGGCUCCCAUCCUUCCAGUGUUGGCCAAGACAUAAUUGCACAAGAUGAAGUUGAAGUCCGUGGUUCUGUUGAAGGAGGCCAAGAGUUGAAAGCAGGCCAACCUAACCAACUGGGUUCUCAGUUCAUAUUUGAUUUGCCAUUUCUGAAGAAGCGGCUUGAUCAGAUUAACUCCUCAGGAAAGGAUAAACUUUUGCAGCAAGGUUCCAGCAUUGAAACUCCAUUUCUGAACGAAGAAGUAAAUUGGAAGAUGCAAUUGGCCUGCAGCCGUCACAAGAAGCUUAGCACUCAAAACAUACAAAGGUAGUUACAAACAUUUUAGAUGGUGCUCAAAAAAAAAAAAAAAAAAGCAAGAAUCUUCUUGAAACUAUUCAGUUUGGCUUCAUUGAACUCAGUGAUCUUAGACUACCAUUGUUCCUGAACAGAGAUGGUUGAUUGCUGUCAUGGCAGGUGCAAUAUUUUAUCAGCUGAUAAAAGGUGGGUUUGGAAUGUUAGAGCCUUAAGAGAUGAACCAUAGAGAGAGAGGCUCAAAAUUUGAUUCAAUUGUACAGAUUCAGUCUAGACUUUGUGUUGAUGUAUUAAUUUCUGUUUAUUCUAUGGAAAUGCAUCAAGCCAUUAAAAUAUUAAA